AUGUCUGCACCAAACUCCCGGAAACGAGCCGCCCCCGGUGCGUCGCCAAUCGUACCGAUCCAGCGGAAUAUGCAACAGCCAUAUGCCACCGAUAGUAUUGCUGGAGCAAACCCUGUGAUGCAGUGGAACGGUACCGACGGCACAACCGAUCCCACCGACUACUUCAGUGCUGCCGCUGCACACAGUGAGAAUCCCUACGGACUCGCGCAAACACAGCCGACGUACCCCCAGGCCGUUGGCGCGCCGUCAAACUCACUCGCACGCCGACAAAUGAAUCGCGCCCUGGUUCCCACGAAUCUUCGAGCAACUUAUGAGCCUUCUUCGGAUCGGUGGUCUGGCUUUGGGGAGGAUAACCUUCUCGUCCCGCAAAACGCCACGGAAGGCGGGGUUGGGCAGGAUAACGUAGAAGUUUUGGAAGAAAUGGCCCAAAAGGCCAAGAGAGAGGCACAGGCCAAAAGAAAGCAGAUUCCACCGUUUGUGCAGAAGCUGAGCAGCUUCCUCGAGGAACGAAAGAAUGAAGACUUGAUUCGGUGGUCUGAAAAGGGCGACUCUUUCAUCGUGCUUGAUGAGGACGAGUUUGCAAAGACGUUGAUUCCAGAGCUAUUUAAACACAACAACUACGCGUCCUUUGUCCGACAGCUGAACAUGUACGGCUUCCACAAGUGUGUGGGACUCUCUGACAACUCGAUGCGUGCUAGUGAGCGCAAAAAUAAGAGUCCAAGCGAGUACUCCAACCCAUACUUUCGUCGAGGGCACCCGAAUCUUCUAUGGCUGAUUAAUAAGCCCAAGAGUGGUGGCAAGUCUAAAAAGGGGAACAAGGGCCAGGAUGGCGAUGGCGACAGCGAAGAGGACGGCGGCCAUGAAGAGACACCAAGCCACCAGGGUGUUCCGGUCCCCAACACCGCGGGCCGCUCCCUGCCCGCUGCCCCUGGGGCGGAAUCACAGCCUCUGCCCAAAAAGGAGAUGGCACUGAUCAAGGAAGAGCUGCAAAAAGUGAGAGAGCAGCAAAAGCUGAUUCUCGGCGCCAUCAACCGCUUGCAGCGAAAUAACAAUGACCUCUACAACCAAGCAAUCAUGUUCCAGACCCAACAUGACCGACACCAAAACUCAAUCAACGCGAUUCUCAAUUUCCUGGCCAACGUCUUCAGAAAAACGUUGGAGGAUCAAGGAACUUCGCAGAACGUCGGCGACAUCAUCUCAAGCUUGAUGGCGAACCAGGGCCAGCAACCGUCUCACCAAGGCAGUGUUGUGGACUUGGGUGAUUACUUUCAAGCUCAAGCAAACGCAGCCAACUCACUUGCUGUUCCCACUCCGAGAAAGUCUCAAAAACUACUUCCACCGAUCCCGCAAGUCGCCCAGGCAAAUUCGACGCCUAGCUUGAGACAGGAACUCGAGACAAACCCGCACGAACGGAUGAUGAAAAUUAUAAACGAUCACAAUGCAAGCAACUCGGCAGGUCUUGAUCUGCCGGAAGCAACUGAGCUUGUCAACAACGCCCCGAAUACCCUGAGCAGCGACCAAAGAAGCAAGCUAGUCAACCUCAUGGCAGCGCAGUCAUCUGCAUCCGCGAUGCCAAACAUACCUGCCGUGUCUGAUCCUCUGGGAAAAAUGUCUUCCCCAGGUGUCACAUCAGCCGGUCCAUCUCCAGCACAAGAAAGCACUACGGCAGCACCCUCCCUUUCACCCAUUUUGCGGUCACCAACCAUGCCUGCUCCCUCUCUGCAGCAUAUUAGCACGAACCAAAACGAUCUAGAGCAGCUCAAGCGUCUACAGAGCGAACAGGACGCAAAAAUUCACGAACUGAGCGACAUCCUGGGACCGUUGAGCCCGAACGGACACAUUCCCGGCCUGGAAGAUGGAACCGAAGCAUACUUUGAUCCUCCCAACGUGGACUUAGACCAGUUCUUUGAUAGCAACGCUUUUCUGAAUGACGCCACUCACUACGGAGACGGGACUGACUUCAACUUUAAUCUGGACGCAGACGGGCUCGGCCAAGGGCUCAACCCAGGACUUAAUCAUAAAUUUGACACUCCGAGUCCUACGGGGACUGAAGAGAUUCAACGGGAUGAUUUUGGGAUCAAAGAGAGCCCCGGUCACGAGAAUAAGAGACGGCGCAUGGGCUAG